GGCAGUAGAACGCGAAAAUGAGCGUGUCAAUUUUAACAUAUUCUCCGAGUCGUUCGGUUGUUGAACCUUAAACGAAAAUGAAGUCAGUACUGCUGCUUCAUGUUAGGAGUCAAGGUGAAGGGGUGGACUUUAAAAAAAAAACGUGGUGGGGUGUGAACGUCAGCAGCCACGUGAUCGUUCAUUUCUCUAGGCGAGUCCCGCUGCCAUCUGAAGGCAAAAAGAAACAGAUGAAACACUGGAGCUCUGUCGAAUAUGCACAUUACGGAAAAGGGCUGUCAGGCCAUCGGUUCUAUAAAAAAGAGAGUUCCCGUUUUUAUCAUAUGUAUAUUCUUUGAAUUGUUUUCUUACUCUUUACGUUUUGUUUUGCACAAAGUUUAAGCACAAGCUCUGUUAAAGAAUUUCGCCAUUUUACUUUUGUAAUUUUUGAUUCCCUUUGCGAAACAAUGACGAAAGGCGUUGAAGGUUCGCCAGUGUUUGUCUCCUGCAAUCAAUUUGACAGUGAAAGGAGCGCCGAUAUUUAUGCUGAUGGAGUGCUCGUCCGAAACGCGUAUAAAAUUUAUGGCGUUGGAAGGAAUCGCUGCGCAAUUCUGGAUGGACUGCACAUGACCGUUAAAAAAGGAACAAUAUACGGAUUAUUAGGGGCCAGUGGCUGUGGCAAGACGACCCUUUUGAGCUGUCUCAUUGGCCGUCGCAGAUUAAAUAGCGGAGAUAUACUCGUCUUCGGUCACGAGCCCGGCUCUGAGGAGAGCGGAAUACCUGGUCGGCGGGUCGGCUACAUGCCCCAAGAACUGGCCCUGCACGGCUAUUUUACCAUUAAAGAGACGCUGCAUUACUUCGGUCGCAUCUACAAUUUGAAAGCAGAGUUCAUCGACGCCCAACUGGAGUUUCUAUCCAAGUUGUUGGACCUUCCACCGGGCGAUCGUUACGUCAAAACGCUGAGCGGCGGUCAGCAGCGAAGAGUUUCCUUUGCUGUCGCCCUGUUUCACGAACCUGAAUUGUUAAUUUUGGACGAGCCGACGGUUGGCGUUGAUCCUUUACUCAGACAAAGCAUAUGGAAUCAUCUUGUCCGUCUGAGCGUCGAUCAUGAAAGAACCGUCAUCGUUACGACCCACUACAUCGAAGAAGCCCGGCAGGCUAACACGAUUGGAAUGAUGCGUUCGGGUCGUUUGCUAGCGGAAGAUAGUCCCGAGAAUCUCCUUCACAGUUAUGCACUUCGCUCGCUAGAAGAUGUUUUCCUGCAGCUAUGCAUGAAAGACUACAGUAACGCUGAAGUCGUUAACAAUCACGAAAAUGCCAGUGAGGUAUCGUUAGAAGACCAACAGCUUUCAGGAGGCAUUGACAACGUUGGGUUUGAACCCAGCGCCAGUCAAUUGGAUAUCUCUGGAACACCUAUUCCACGUCAACGUAACAAGAUGACCUGCACUUUGCCUUCGCUACCUUCUGAUUGCGUUUCAAAAGUAGUGCUUAACCAAGGCCCAGGUAUCACUUUCAUGACUAAUGCAAGACCAAAGGAAAUAGGGCUCGAGUUAUCUGAUAGAAGAACGAACCGAAAUCGUAACUCGACAUUCUUUUGUCGUCAUCGUUUGGGCGCGCUCGUUCAAAAGAAUUUCUUGCAAAUGUUUCGAAACGUUGGCUUGUUUUUGUUCGUCUUCCUAUUGCCGGCCAAUCAAGUAAUACUCUCUUGUUUGUGUAUCGGAGGGGAUCUCUCAUUCCUCAAGUUGGCUAUCGUCAAUGACGAACUGGAUCCGAGCCAAGGUCGAGUUUGUAACUACACGACAACCUGCACUUAUUCCAUGUUUAGCUGUCGGUAUCUUCGUUUUAUAGAAAACACGACAAUCAUCCAGGUCCCAUUUCAAAGUGUAGCGGAAGCUUUGGACGCAACAAAACGAGGCAAAGUUUGGGGCAUGGUUCAUUUCGGAAAGGACUUUACGGAUGAGUUGGUGGUUCGGCAGGCGGAUGGAAAUUAUGCGGACAAUGAAACGAUUCGUGCCAGCCGUGUCGCUAUUACCUUAGAUGAAUCAAAUCAGCAGAUUUCACUGACUAUCAAACGACAGCUCAUAGAUGCGUUUAGCGAUUUCAGUAAGGACAUCUUGGCAGCAUGUUCUUAUCAGCCCAUGGCCCAAAGCAUCCCUGUUACGUUUUUGGAUCCCAUCUACGGAGAAAGAAAGCCAUCGUUCACCGAAUACGUAACGCCCGGUGUUAUCCUGGGGAUUAUCUAUUUUCUUUCCGUUGCUCUGACGUCUGCUGUCUUCCUGACUGAACGAAAAUCCGGACUUCACGAUCGCAGCAUAGUAGCCGGUGUACAGAUGACUGAAUACAUGAUGGCUCACCUCGUUAACCAGUUGAUCCUUCUGCUUGGCCAGACGUUUUUCGUUUACCUGUUCGCGCUCAUCGUCUUUAACACGGCUUGUCACGGCAACCUUGCUCUCGUGAUUUUCAUCACCCUUCUUCAAGGAUUGUGUGGCAUGUCGUUUGGUCUUCUCGUUUCGGCCUUGUGUGACGAAGAGACCAGCGCUAUUCAGAUCACACUGGGCACAAAUUACACGAACAUCAUUAUGAGCGGCAUGUUAUGGCCAACGGAGGCUAUGCCCACUUACGUGCGUCACCUGGCCCAUUUGAUGCCGCAAACGUACGCCAUGCAAGCGCUGAGAAAUAUUUUGGGGCGCGGUUGGGGCAUUGGACAUCCCAAAGUCUACAUGGGCGUCGUCACCAGCCUCUGCUGGAUAUUCGGCCUAGUUUGUUUGAGUCUUAUCAUUGUCCGCGUUCGCAAAUAUACCGGCUGAUCAACACGGACGAUGUGUGGCACGCAACGAAUACGGGCACGAGGAACUUCUUUCUUGCGGGUUAUGUUUGUACACUGUUAUGUGUUAAUCAAUCAAUGCAAUGUACCUUCAGCUUCGGUUUAGGUUUAGACUUUGUCUCGUUCGCUUGAGGUUUUCGUUCAAUUUUCGUCCUCAAAAUUAAACAAUUAUAAUUGGUUGGCUACAAGAUAAAACAAAAUUUUGCGCUUUUUAAAAUUCUACUUUGUCAUAAAGUCAAGAACUUUCUACUCAAGAAACAUUUUUUACUUUCAUUUUAUUCUUAAAAGAUCUUGAAUUUGGCUGGGAAAAAGGUUAGCGCACGUGUAGAACUUACGUGAUUUUUGUUUUCAAUUUUGCAACCUUGACCGACGAGUUUUUUCCUCGUUUGUCGGAUGAUGCUGUUUCCUUUUACGUUAGGUAUUUACCCUAGCCCCUAAAAAAAAAUAAUAAAAAAAACAGGCGUGUAGUAACUUCAGGGUCAUUAUGUGCAAACUAAUGUUCUCGAAUGACUGUCCUUGUCGUGGUUAUGUAACCAAAACAUAUUUUUCGCGAGAG